UAGGUACAUUCUCUUAGGAAAAUAAGAAAAACAAAGAAAGAGGAAUGGAAAAGGAAAAUAAAAACUAUGUAGCUCACUGUCUGAUCUUACCUUUUCCAGGUCAAGGUCACAUGAAUCCUAUGAUUCAAUUCUCAAAACGUUUGAUCCAUAAAGGAGUAAAAGUUACACUUGUAACUAUUAUUUCCCUUUGGAGAACUAUCAAGAACAAAAAUCUUUCUUCAAAUAUUGAUGUUGAAAGCAUCUCAGAUGGCUAUGAUGAUGGAGGCUAUGAAUCAGCAGAGAGCUUAGAAAUUUACAUGGAUACCUUUUGGAGGGUUGGAUCAAAAGAUCUUUCUGAACUUCUUCAUAAACUUUCUAGCUCAAAAUACCCUCCAAAUUGUGUUAUCUUUGAUGCAUUUAUGCCUUGGGCUCUUGAUGUUGCCAAGAGUUUUGGACUAGUUGGUGUUGCAUUUUUCACUCAAUCUUGUUCUGUUAACAGCAUAUACUUUCAUACUCAUGAGAAGUUGAUAGAGUUGCCACUUACACAAUCUGAGUAUUUGUUACCUGGAUUGCCAAAACUUGCUCAAGGGGAUUUGCCUUCUUUUUUGUAUAAAUAUGGAUCUUAUCCAGGCUACUUUGAUAUAGUUGUCAAUCAAUUUUCAAACAUUGGUAAAGCUGAUUGGAUUCUUGCAAACACAUUUUAUGAACUGGAAAAGGAGGUAGUGGAUUGGAUGGUGAAGAUCUGGCCAUUAAGGACAAUAGGACCGUCAAUACCAUCUAUAUUUUUGGAUAAAAGACUUAAAGAUGACAAAGAAUAUGGUGUUAGCAUUUCAGAUCCAAAUACAGAAAUUUGCAUCAAAUGGCUAAAUGAGAAGCCAAAAGGUUCAGUUGUGUAUGUCUCAUUUGGUAGCAUGGCUGGUCUUAGUGAAGAGCAAACACAAGAACUAGCUUUAGGAUUAAAAGAUAGUGAAAGUUAUUUCUUAUGGGUUGUUAGAGAAUCUGAACAAGUUAAGCUUCCAAAUGGGUAUGUGGAAUCAUCAAAGAAAGGUUUAAUAGUGACAUGGUGUCCACAACUUUUAGUGUUAACACAUGAAGCUUUAGGUUGUUUUGUGACACAUUGUGGUUGGAACUCGACGUUGGAAGCUUUGAGCAUCGGUGUUCCGUUGAUUGCAAUGCCACUUUGGACCGAUCAAGUUACGAAUGCAAAGCUUAUUGCUGAUGUUUGGAAAAUGGGAGUUAGAGCUAUUGCUGAUGAAAAAGAGAUUGUUAGAAGUGAAACAAUUAAAAAUUGUAUAAAGGAAAUAAUUGAGACUGAAAAGGGAAAUGAAAUUAAGAAAAAUGCUUUGAAAUGGAAGAAUUUGGCUAAGGAUUCUGUUGAUGAGGGUGGAAGAUCUGAUAAAAAUAUUGAAGAAUUUGUGGCUGCUUUGGCUCAAUGUUGAGAUGCAUUAUAUUCAUGAUGGAAUGAAAAGAAUUGUGAUAAAAUAAAAGUGGUGUGCUUAUUAUUA